CACACUCGGAGACGCACCACCACCACCAGUGCCGCAGCAGCAUAGAAUCACUGAAACACACACUCUCUCUCUCACACACACACACACACACUCUCACCUCUCCAUCUCUCUCCCCAGUACCGUAGUGACCCUGCAGCCGACAUGACGUCUAACGGGACCAGCGACAUGCUGACCAUCCAGUUCGGGCUCAUCAACUGCGGGAACAAGUACCUGACCGCGGAGACGUUCGGCUUCAAGAUCAACGCGUCGGCCACCAGCAUGAAGAAGAAGCAGAUCUGGACGCUGGAGCAGGACGGCGACGACUCCAACGUCUUCUUCCUGAAGAGCCACCUGGGCCGCUACAUCGCGGCGGAUAAGGACGGCAACGUGAGCGGGGACGCGGAGACGCCGAGCGACGACUCGCGCUUCGUGGUGACGGCGCACGACGACGGCCGCUGGUCCCUGCAGUCCGAGCCGCACCGCCGCUACCUGGGCGGCACCGAGGACCGGAUCACCUGCUUCGCGCAGACCUCGGGGCACGCGGAGAAAUGGAGCGUGCACAUCGCCAUGCACCCGCAGCUCAACCUCUUCAGCGUCACGCGCAAGCGGUACGCGCACCUGAGCGACAAGGCGGACGAGGUGGCCAUCGACCGGGACGUGCCGUGGGGCGUGGACUCCCUCAUCACGCUCGUCUUCCACGAGCAGAAGUACCACCUGCAGACCGCCGACAACCGCUUCCUCAAGAACGACGGCACGCUCGCGCAGAAGCCCGACAAGAGCACCGGCUACACGCUGGAGUUCCGCUCCGGGAAGGUCGCGUUCCGGGACGGCAUGGGGAAGUACCUGGCCCCGUCCGGACCCAGCGGCACCAUGAAGUCCGGCAAGAGCACCAAAGUGGGCAAGGAUGAGCUGUUCGUCCUGGAGCAGAGCCACCCGCAGGUAGUGCUCACAGCAGCCAACGAAAGGAAUGUGUCCACCAGGCAAGGCAUGGACCUGUCCGCCAACCAGGACGAAGAAAGUGAUCAAGAGACCUUUCAGAUGGAGAUCAGUAAAGAUACGAAGAAGUGCGCUUUCAGGACCUGCGCCGGAAAGUACUGGACCCUCACCGCCACCGGCGGACUGCAGUGCACCGCGUCCACCAAGACGGCAAACUGCUAUUUCGAUAUCGAAUGGCGAGGCAAGAAGAUUACCCUCCGUGCCGCCAACGGGAAAUACGUGGCAGCCAAGAAGAACGGGCAGCUAGCUGCUAGCAUCGACUCCGCCGGAGAGACCGAGGAGUUCCUGAUGAAGCUGAUAAACAGGCCGCUCAUCGUGCUGAGGGGAGAGCAUGGAUUCAUCGGCUGCAGGAAGGUCACCGGGACUCUGGACUCGAACCGAUCCUCUUACGAUGUCUUCGGCCUGGAGUUCCGCGACGGAGCCUACAGUCUCCAAGAUUCCACUGGGAAAUACUGGAUGGUAGGAAGCGAGUCUUCGGUGGUGAGCAGCAGCGACACCCCGGUCGAUUUCUUCCUGGAGUUCUGCGACUACAACAAGGUGGCCAUCAAGUCGAGUGAAGGAAAAUACCUGAAAGGAGACCAUGCUGGUGUUCUGAAGGCCAAUGCCGACGACCUGGACAGCUCCACUAUGUGGGAGUAUUAGAAGUGCUCUAGUGACCACCGUUUAUUUUGUAUUUUUCUUUUUGUUUUGUUUUUUCUUUCUACAUAUUAAAUAUGUUUUUUGUUUGUUUUUGUUUCUCACCAUGAGCACAAGUGGGUAGGAGAGUAAAAAUGAAGCUUUUUGAUGGUUUAAAUGGACUCCAUGAUCUAUGAUAUGAUAUAAUAAUGAAGACUUUCCUCUAAAAUACAGUAAGCAUCUUCAUACUCCAGCAUUCUGGUUCUGUGGGAUUAGUGGCGUUACGCGGGUUUCGUUAGCCAAAACUCGGUAUGUGUCGUCACUCGUACAGUUUCUAGGGGCUUCACUGUAUCAGCUCCCCAAAUUUUUGUAUACCGUGGUAACUAACGUCUUGUGAUUUGUUUAAAUGAAAUUUCAACUGGAAUUAAGAUUCGCUAGCGAGUCCGAGGAGAAGCGUGUAGCGAAGUGUUCUCACCGGUUUGCUGGAUCUCCUCAGAGGGAAGAAAAAAAAAAAAAAAAUGUUGGCUGGGUUUUUUGCGAUCCCUUUCCUUGUCUUUGCACAGUUCUGUAAGAGCCUUUCUCUUUGGAUAUGUUGUAUGUUAGGAGAAUGUUGUGUCUCCCGACGCCUUGUCGAGCCCUGUGAGUGAGGAUUAGGUCUUUAGGUCGUUCCCCUUCUCCACAAUUAUUGCCAGGAGUUAGAAUAUCAGUGAGCAGACGACUAACGGCAAUAUUUAUUGGUAGUUGUAUGAAUGUUGAUGUCUGACUGUUCAGCCGUACGCGGUUAAAGUGCGUCCUUUAACCACUGGAAUGUCCUGUUCUCGGCACUGAAGACGCUGACCUGGUAGUUUAGCUUUUUUUUUUUUUUUUGACAUAUGGCGACGUGUGUAUUGGAACCUUUUUUUUUUUUAAAUGUGCCAUUUACAUUUCAUUUCCCUGUAAAAUCAAACUGUGAAGAGAGGCAUAAUGAUACAGCUCUUCAUUUAAUCUCUGGAUUCACAUCCUGAUGCCGACAGGAGAGGAAAGUGUUAAUGCUGCAUCUGAAAGGUUUGUUAGUGUUGUUCAGAUACAAGGCUGAUGUUUCUCAUCUGUUUGAUCCAGUAUGUUGUUGCAGGUUCAACGCUAUAUUUAUGGUAAAUUAAGACCGACCUGGACGGGUCAAAGCAGAAGGGCGUGUCUUCACUGCGUUUGGAGGGGAAGGAGGGAGGGGGGGGGGUUUAAUCUGGAAAAUGCGCUAAAAACUCUUAAACUGGAAGAAAAACACAAAAUGUACAAGUUUUUAGUUAGAAGGCACAGACAUUAUCAUAUACCUUUUAUCUACAAUUUGGAGGAAUAAGUGUCUACACCAAACACACAAAAUAUAUAAAUAUAUAUACAGAGAGAGAUCCUAUUAUUAAAUGUAUAUUUACUAUUAAAAGUAAUAUCUAGAGAGAGCAUCACUAAUGAACCAAGAGUGAGAUGUGACCAAGACCACCUGAUUUGGUUUAAAUUAUAUUAUAAAAUUCUAAUAUUAUCUCGCUUACACUGUGUCAGUAGUUCAGUCUGACACGUGCACCAGUCGACCCCAAAUCAGGUGCUUGGUUCUGUUUAGAAAAAUCCUGGAAAUAAUAAUAAUACUAACCAAUGGCGCUGGUUCGGUGAGGACGGUGCAACCGCAUGAACACCGUACAUGUCAUUAGUCACAUCUAGAUAUGUAGAGUAAAUUAGUUUGCAAAAUCAUAUAAUCUGCCCCUACAGCAGUAGGGUUUGUGAUCACGCUUUCAUACAAGGGAGUGGUAAUGACUGUGCCUUACUGGUCAUACUGGAAAUAAACACAACAUUCCACAUACAUACUAUACUUUGUAAAACUUUACUGACUUCCUUUUUUUAUAUUGUUUUGAUAUUAUGGUUGCUUUUUUUUUUCCUCUUCAUGUGCCAUGGGUACAAAAAAAAAGAUAAAUUGGAUUAUGAAAACUUAA